GGCAACAUCUUCAUGAAGAGGGAGGGACCGCACUUCACUGAAGACCUCUGCAAAAUGGACCGAGACAAAAGACAGAAACGCAUGAGCAAGGGAAGUCUGCCUACUUCAUUGCAGGUCAAGGUUUCAUUGAAGGAACUGAGAUUUCUCCAGCAGCUGAACCCAAAGAAUAAACAAAAAAUUGAUAAAGUAAGUUAUGCAGAAUUUGUAAAAACAUUUAUCAAUUAAUAUUCAACUUUGUAUGGACAAACAAAGUACACAAUAUUAAAAAAAAGAUGAGCUGUGAACGCCGUGGGAUCUCUCAUGCGCCAGCCGUGCAGCGCUCAGGACAGACACUUCAUACCAAGAACUAAAUUUAUUUAGAAAAAAGUGUUUCCAUUACAGUUUUGCAAAAAAAUGUCUAUUUCGAUACGCCCCAAAUACCACCUCCUCUAAGCCUAUAACUUUGUCCCCCCUCCUAUUUUUUUUUUUUUUUAAUUGUGGUGUUUCCAUUGGGAUAAUUUAUUAUCAAAGCUCACAAAUCCAGACUGAACAAUAAGAUGUCAGCAGAUGAGUUUAUGUACCUGUCUGUUUUCCUUCCAAAAAUGAACGUGGGAUUCUUUCCCAGAGUCCUCCCUUCUCCCUUACUCUGCCUUUGUUGACACUGGACAAAGAUAGUAUCUUUCUGCAAAGAAGGUUCACUCUGCUCCAGAAACCCAAUACCACUUCAGGAAGUGUUUGAGAGAAAAGGGAGCAUCUGUUUUUAGAUUAUCAUUCUUUUGCAGCAAACACAACAGAUGAAGUAAAAAUACCUGUAGAUGUUAUGAUAAAUGAUGUAUUAUUCAAAGAGACAAAAGUAAAAAAUAAAAAAAAUGUCCUGUUUGUUAUUUACAACUAUGUUCCUGCCAGUUUACCACUGACUUUCUCAGAAACCCACAAAGCCAGUCCUUUGACAAACAUCUGUGAAUCCAGUAGUAAAAAUUAGCAUAAAUAUUUUGUUUGUUAAACAGUUAGUACAUUUAGCUAUAAAUCACAAUAAAUAAAGGUAAAAUUAAGAUUAUAAAAUUUGUAAAAAGCUAAGUGGUUUUAUCAAAAACAACCAGUUGAUAGCACUAAAAAAGAAAAUAAAAAUCAAAAGAGCAGAAAACAACUUUAAAACAAUAUAUAUAUUUUUUUAUUUUACAAAACUCUUGUCAUAAAUAAUGGAAAAUAUUAAGGUUUAAAAAAAUCCUGUCGUGGCUAACUAUAGAGACAUUUUGACUAGAAAAGGCCACAAAAAAAAAAAGAACAGUGACCUGCUGGAGGUUAAAUCAACAUUGGCUCAUAUAAUCUAAGCCCAGGCUAAUCAUUGACAGCGGUUUAUCACAAGAAACUCUGCUUUUUAACCAUAACAACCCAGCAGUUCAGUAAAAAUCUGUCAUUUAUUGGACAUGACACUAUAUAAGUGUUAAUUCAGUAACAUUUGUGUUCCUUUAGAAGUCUCAAGUGAAAUUAAAACAUGAUAACUAAACAAACUAAAGCAUUUUUUUCUUUUUACUUCAAUGCAGAUUUUUGCUUGCAAAAAAUAGACCUUAAAACUGAUCAUUUUCAACAUUAACUCUUUCGUUUUUUUAUUUUUUUAAGCAGUUUUUGAUCAUGUUUAGGUCUAUGUAGAUUUAGGCUUUCCAACACAGUCAAGGAACUUAAAUCUCCUUGGUUUGGUUUAUGUAUGUCUCCUAGUCUAACAAAACUCAUUCAGCUUCUGAGCUCGACAGGGCCUUCAGAAUGAGUCAUUUAUUUGAAUUGGGUGUGUUGGACAGGUAAAAGAGUUAAAACACGCUGGGCAGGGAUGAUUGAGAAACAGGAUUGGGAAACAGUGAGUAAAUCCUAAUAAGAAAACUGCUAUCCUUCACUGAAACAGGGCAAAGGGACGUUUGAUAAAAGCACAACAGUGGACAUCUCAGAUAGUUGGCAAUGAUAGCUAUCAAUUACUGAUUAUGAAUGUGUUGAGAAAAAUGGAGUAAGUGGCUCAUAUAUGUUAAACGUGUGUCUAUUAGACACAUUCAUAAGUUUAAUUUCGAAAUAUAAAAAAAAUUACCAUUACUUUUCUUUUAGAACCCUGGACAAAAACAAGCUUUCCCACUUAUUUCAGACAGAAUACUGAUUUAUUUGACUUCACCAGACUAAAAUGUACCUUCAAGACCAAAACACUUUUCUAAUGUGUUUAUAAUACACCUUUUAAUUCAGGUAUUUGAGUUGCAAAAUGGAAAUUGAGAUCUGGGAUUUUCCGAGACGUCCCUGAAUGCAGCAUCCGUUUCCAGGGAGUGGCCGCUGCACCUGUCCGACCUGUUCGAAGACACAUGACUCCGCAGGAAUUUCUACCUGUGCUCCCGUCCUUUGUUUAACGGGUAUUUUCUAUUCGGGGAGACAAAGAAUUACACGGAGAGGGGAAAAAUGUCGGAGCCAGCCGCUAAUCCCGCCGCGGCAAACGCCGCCGCUGCCCCAGUUGACCCCGCUGCCACCUCCUUCCCGACGGCCACCAUUUCUCUACCUCUGGGUUUGGAUGUGUUCAGGACUUACUCCGGAGUUCUCAUCUGCAUAGAAAUAGUUUUUGGUGGCCUGGUUUGGAUUCUAGUGGCUUCCUCCAAUGUACCUGUGCCCCUGCUGCAGGGCUGGGUGAUGUUUGUGUCUGUCACCACCUUCUUCCUCUCCUCAGCCUAUCUUGCUCUCCUCGUCACCGGUUUAGCAGAGCGGAUAAACACAGACUGGAAUUUCUUGGAUUUAUUUUACCAUUUCAUUGCAUUGCUGUUCUACUUUGCUGCUUUUGUGUUGGAAGCAGCAACUACAGCUUUGGCAGAUCAAAAUGUGAUUUUGCGUACAUCCAAGCAAUACCGCAUUAAUGUGGCAGCAACGAUAUUUGCAUUUGUUGUGACGCUUUCCUACGGCUGCAGUUUGGUGAUGGGAUUCAAGAGGUGGAUGAAAUAACUGGGGAAAUGACUGUACAACUAAUGCAUCUUUGCUUUGUAACUUCUACGCAUCCUACAACAUUUGCAUCAUACGUCAACAAGGUCAACACAAGAAACAUUGAGACGAAGCAUCAUCAAAGCCAUGUUUCACAUAUAAAUUAUCAACACAAGAUUGGUUUAAAAAAAUAAAAUUCAACUGAAAAGUUGCACUUUACAUUACAAUACUUUGGAAUAUAUUUUUGGUCUUUAUUUUCCUUGCAGCAAAACAGUUAUGGAAACGUCCCCUUGUAAAUAAAAACCUAACAUUUGCUGCAAAAAGUGUGAAAACAUCUGUUGUUGUUUUUAUUCAGUGCUAAAAAAGUAAAUAAAGUUAGUUGGUGCUAAGGAGGUAAAGACUGCAGAUUCAAUAUGACUACAUUUCAAUCUGAUAUUUAAGCAUCCUAUUAUACUUCGCAUUCAUUGUAUUUACUGUACUGACUGUUGAGUAAAUAAAAUAAAACAUUUUCUUACUAUGUAUUACUAAUAAACUGGUGAAUUUUGUUUGUUUUAGUGAUUUACACCAUAAUAAAAUGUAUUAGUUAACCAAGUUACCUAAAUCUGUUGUGAAUAUAGAUUCUACUAAAGCCUUCUCAGUUAUUUAAGCAAAUGGGUUUUACUAUUUAAACUUUAAAUCUUACUAAAAUUGGUUAUGUGUAUCUUUUAUCAUGUACAUUUAUUGGAUUAGGUGUCUGUUUAUUUUGGUGUAUGUUUUAUUUAGUGUUAAUGCAUUAUUCUACCAUUUGUUUCGACAAUGAUUUGACAUUUUAUGAUUUACACUUUUUGUAAUCUGUCUUGUUCUUUUCUAAACUAAAUUUGCUUCUUUUGACACAUUUUUAACAUUUUUAAUGUAUUUUUAAAGAAGUAGAAGCUGUAACAAAAGAUGUGAGUGGUACAUAUUUACUCUCUGUGCAAACAAUUGUUUGUUUUGAGAAGACUUAACAAUGUCAUGGUUGAAAAUGUACUUCUUGGCUUGUGCUCAGUUUUGUAAAGCUUCAUUUAAUUAUCUAAAUGAUGGAUUAUGGAGAAUCAUUGUUUCUUUUAAAAAGAAUAAAAUGUCUGAAAACAA